AUGGAAUUUCCUUCUUCUUUCACUAGUACUGAAAGAGCAUUUGUUCACCGGCUCUGUCAGUCUCUUGGGCUGAUAUCUAAAAGUAAAGGAAAAGGAGCAAAUAGAUAUCUGACUGUGAAGAAGAAGGAUGGAUCAGAACUAGCAUAUGCGGUAAUGACUUGUGUCUUGGCUCCCAGUACGAAACAUGCUGUUCGGAAUUUAAUUCAGAGAUUUCCUGUCACAAAUAAAGAACGAACAGAACUUCUGCCAAAGACUGAGCGAGGAAAUGCGUGUGCUGUUGAAUCUGAAAACAGAGAAGUAAACAAGACAAGUGGACGACUUAACAAUGGUAUACCCCAGGUUCCAGUGAAAAGAGGGGAAUCAGAGUUUGAUUCCUUCAGGCAAUCACUACCAGUUUUUGAAAAACAGGAAGAAAUUGUCAAAAUAAUAAAGGACAAUAAAGUUGUUUUGAUUGUAGGAGAGACUGGAUCAGGAAAAACUACUCAAAUACCUCAGUUCCUUCUUGAUGACUGUUACAAAACUGGAACUCCUUGCCGUAUAUUUUGCACUCAGCCAAGACGUUUGGCAGCAGUUGCUGUGGCUGAAAGAGUGGCAGCAGAAAGAAGAGAAAAGAUUGGCCAGACAAUUGGUUAUCAGAUCCGAUUAGAAAGCAGGGUUUCUCCAAAGACACUGUUAACAUUUUGCACUAAUGGCAUACUACUUCGCACACUGAUGGCAGGAGACAGCACUUUAUCAACUGUGACGCAUGUUAUCGUGGACGAAGUACAUGAGAGGGAUAGGUUCAGCGACUUCUUGUUAAUAAAACUGAGAGAUGUGUUGCAAAAGCAUACUAAUUUAAAACUAAUUAUUUCUAGUGCUGCUUUAGAUGCAAAUCUCUUUAUUAGGUAUUUCGGAAGUUGUCCAGUAAUACACAUACAAGGAAGACCUUUUGAAGUUAAAGAGAUGUUUUUGGAGGACAUUUUACGAAGCACUGGGUAUACAAACAAAGAGAUGGUAAAGUACAGAAAAGAGAAGCAGCGAGAGGAGAAACAGCAAAGCAGUCUUACUGAGUGGUGUUCUGCUCACGAAAAUAAUAGCAAACUGGAAUCUCAAAGACAAAGAUCUAUCCCAAGUCCAACUGAGGAGUAUAAUCUGUUGGAUGAUGGUGGUGACACAGUAUUUAAUCAACUGACUGAAAAAGAUGUGAAUUGCCUUGAACCAUGGCUAAUAAAAGAAAUGGACUCAUGUCUUUCUGAUAUCUGGUUGAAUAAAGAUGUUGAUUCCUUUGCUCAGGUGUUCCACCUCAUUUUAACUGAAAAUAUCAGUGUUGAUUAUAGGCACAGUGAAACCAGCGCAACCGCACUAAUGAUUGCCUCAGGCAGAGGCUUUCUGAGUCAAGUAGAACAACUAAUAAGUAUGGGAGCAAGUAUCCACUGCAAAUCAUCCAAUGGCUGGAUGGCUUUGGACUGGGCUAAACGAUUUGGGCAGACAGAGGUGGUUGACCUUUUAGAGUCCUACAGUGCUUCAGUGGAAUCUGGAAAUCUGGAUGAAAGUUUCCUGGUCCAAACAAGUGGUAGUGACCUUAAUGCAGAGGACAGAGAACUGCUGAAAGCUUAUCAUCACAGUUUUGAUGAUGAAAAAGUGGAUCUGGACCUGAUUAUGCACUUACUUUAUAACAUCUGUAGUAGUUGUGACGCUGGAGCGAUUUUAAUAUUUCUUCCUGGAUACGAUGAGAUAGUUAGCCUGAGGGACCGUAUUCUUUUUGAUGACAAGAGAUUUGCUGAUAAUGCUCACAGAUACCAAGUUUUCAUGCUUCAUUCAAACAUGCAGACUUUGGAUCAGAAGAAGGUGCUUAAAAGUCCACCUUCUGGCAUCCGCAAAAUAAUUCUUUCCACUAAUAUUGCAGAAACCAGCAUAACCGUCAAUGAUGUUGUAUUCGUUAUUGACUCAGGCAAGGUGAAAGAGAAGUCUUUUGAUGCACUGAGCUGUGUUACAAUGCUGAAAAUGGUGUGGAUUUCAAAGGCCAGUGCUAUCCAGAGAAAAGGCAGGGCUGGGCGCUGUCAGCCUGGAGUCUGUUUUCGUCUCUUCAGCAGGCUUCGAUUUCAGAGUAUGUUGGAAUUUCAGACUCCAGAACUUCUAAGAAUGCCACUUCAGGAGCUAUGUUUACACACAAAACUUCUGGCUCCAAUUAAUUGUCCAAUUGUUGACUUUCUUAUGAAAGCUCCUGAUCCUCCACCAGCUUUAAUUGUGAGAAAUGCUGUGCAAAUACUGAAGACAAUAGAUGCCAUGGACCCUUGGGAAGAUCUCACUGAACUUGGCUAUCAUCUCACUGAAUUACCAGUAGAGCCACACCUUGGUAAAAUGGUGUUAUGUGCUGUUAUUUUGAAGUGCCUGGAUCCUAUUCUUACUAUUGCUUGCACUCUUGCAUAUCGAGACCCUUUUGUCCUACCCGCACUGGCUUCUCAAAAGCGUGCAGCCAUGCUGUGUAGAAAACGUUUUACUGCAGGAACGUUUAGUGACCAUAUGGCGCUUCUCAGGGCUUUUCAGGCAUGGCAGAAGGCGCGCAGUGAUGGCUGGGAGAGAGCCUUCUGUGAAAAGAACUUCUUGUCUCAAGCCACGAUGGAAAUCAUUGUAGGAAUGAGAACCCAGUUGCUUGGCCAGCUUAGAGCCUCAGGUUUUGUUAGAGCCAGGGGAGGAGCUGAUAUCAGAGAUGUUAAUACUAACUCUGAAAAUUGGGCUGUAGUUAAAGCUGCCUUAGUGGCUGGGAUGUAUCCCAAUCUAGUUCAUGUAGACAGAGAAAGCCUGAUUUUGACUGGACCAAAGGAGAAGAAAGUGCGAUUUCAUCCUACAUCUGUUCUUAGUCAACCUCAGUAUAAAAAGAUUCCCCCUGCAAAUGGGCAAGCUGCAGCCAUUCAGGCACUCCCUACAGACUGGCUUAUAUUUGAUGAAAUGACGAGAGCUCAUAGGAUAGCAAAUAUCAGAUGCUGUUCUGUUGUAACACCUGUCACUGUGUUACUCUUCUGUGGACCAGCUAGAUUGCCAAGUAAUGCUUUGCAGGAACCUUCGUCUUUUCAAGGGGAUGGGUUAUCUAAUGAUAACAGUGAUAGUGAAGUAGAGGACAAAACAACUGCUAAUUUGGCACUACUGAAACUAGAUGAAUGGCUGCACUUCAGACUGGACCCUGAAGUAAGUAAUGUAUCACUUCAAUGCUUGUUUCUUUUA